CUUUCGAUUUUGCCGCUUACCUUUAAAGUGGAACUUAUUAUAUCGCUUCGCGUGAAACGUCAUUUUGACAUUUUGCUUAUAAUUUCCAUUUUGACGAAGUGGCAAAAAUUGAAAGUAAUAAAUCCAGACUAAGAUUUUUUAUUCAUGUAAUUAUGAAAAACGGGCAAUCAACACAUAAUUACUUAUCAUUUUUCACAUACUUAAGAUAAUUAUUUUCUAUGUUUUUAAUUAUACACUUAAAACGUUAUGAUAGCACGACUGUUAACAAUAAACAUUCUUUAUCUAAUCGAGACUUUUAACCGGUUUUUGCUUGGUCAUGACCGCUAGGCGCCUCUGUUCCAGGACCAAAACUCUCCUAAUUAACAUGUCGAAGUUACAUUUAGCCGCAGGGUCGCAGCAGCCCCCCAAGGUCGACGGAAAACUCCGUCUCUACUCGAUGGAAUACUGUCCCUAUGCACAAAGACCUCGACUGGUGCUCAAUGCGAAGAACAUUCCACACGACAUCGUCAACAUUAAUUUAUUGGACAAGCCUGACUGGUAUUUUAAAAUACACCCAGAAGGAAUCGUUCCUGCUCUGGAUACCGGUUCAGAGAUUGUCAUCGAGAGCCUCGUGAUUUCCGAUUUUUUGGAAGAAAAGUAUCCGAAACCGGCUUUGUAUCCCGCGAAUCCGGAAGCCAAAAAACGGGAUCAAGAGCUAAUUGAAAAGAUAGAUCCUUUAUUGAGUGUGUUUUUUCUAUGUCUUUGGAAAAAAGAUUUAAAGACGCCGGAGGAGUGGGUCGAGGAAUUUGUCCCCCACUUGGAAGUUUUUGAGUCGGAACUUGGUUCCAGAGGGACGCCUUUUUUUGGAGGGAGUAAACCGGGAAUGGUUGAUUACAUGUUGUGGCCAUGGGGUGAACGCAAAGAUCUUAUUGUUGUUGCUUUUGGUAAGAAAUUACCCUGCGAAAAAAAUAAAUUUACACUGUUAGAAAAGUGGUACCAAGCCAUGUUACAAGAUCCCCCAUGUAAAGCCACACAUAACGAUAUAGAACAACACUGGAAAGUUGUCCAGCAGAAGAUUAAAAGUUUGGAAAGCAAAUUAUAACACCAACUUCAAAUUUUGUGAUUAAUGUUACUCACUAAUUAAUAUUGUUUAUUUUUGUUAUUGUUAUCACGUAAUUAAAUUUACCGCCGAAA